UUCUCCCUCGACCGCGAGGUCCGCUGUGCAAAAUAAAUCCCUUUAAAACCGUCUCCCUCUCUUUUCACGCUUCCAUUUCCUCUCGUCGCCGCAGCUUCUCCCCUCCGAUUCCUUCUCCUUAUACGCAUCAAGCGUCUUCGUUGCAACUACGGCGAUGGCGGGAACCAGGGAAGAGUACGUCUACCUGGCGAAGCUUGCAGAGCAGGCGGAAAGGUACGAAGAAAUGGUUGAGUUCACGGAAAAGGUCGCGGCAGCCGCCGAUAAGGAGGAGCUCACUGUGGAGGAGCGAAACCUACUUUCCGUAGCCUACAAAAACGUGAUCGGCGCCCGCCGAGCCUCGUGGAGGAUCGUAUCGUCCAUCGAGCAGAAGGAGGAAAGCCGCGGGAACGAGGACCACGUCGCGACGAUCAAGGAGUACAGGGGUAAGAUCGAGACGGAACUCAACGCCAUAUGCAGCGGGAUUCUUAGGUUACUCGACUCACACCUCAUCCCCUCCGCUUCUGCCAGCGACUCCAAGGUGUUUUACCUCAAGAUGAAAGGGGACUACCACCGCUACCUCGCCGAGUUUAAGACUGGAUCUGAACGCAAGGAAGCCGCCGAGAACACCCUUACGGCGUACAAGUCCGCCCAGGAUAUUGCCGGGGCGGAACUGGCGCCUACUCAUCCGAUUAGGCUGGGGCUUGCUCUUAACUUCUCGGUGUUUUACUACGAGAUCUUGAAUUCCCCUGAUCGGGCAUGCACGCUAGCGAAGCAGGCAUUUGAUGAAGCCAUCGCCGAACUGGACACCCUUGGCGAAGAAUCAUACAAGGACAGCACGCUCAUCAUGCAGCUCCUCCGCGACAACCUCACCCUCUGGACCUCAGAUAUGCAGGUAAACUUAAUAUGCACCAUUGUCUUUUAGCACACUGUCUAUUGC